AUGUCUAUUCUUUCUGUCCAAAAAGUCUCUGAGGAUGUAAAAGUUCCCGUGUACGAUAAAGUAAAUCAGUACAUUCUGUUCGCCUCAGAAGACAAGCAUUUACUUCCAAAUAGAGUCACGCCAAUCCCUGUGGGCGUCCGAAUUGCAUUUCCAAAAAACUAUUGUGCUCUACUCAUUGAAGGAUUCAAUUUGUAUGCAGUUGGCGGAUUAGUAGACUCUGAUUUUCGAGGAGAAAUCCGAGCUUUAGUCCACAGCCCAGUGGAGGUAUUUGUAAAGAAAGGCGAUCCAGUUGCAAGAAUGGUUAUGAUCGAGAUAGCCUUGCCUGAAAUUGUGACUGAAGAUUAUCUAAAAGACAGCGAGACUGAUGAAGAAAAUACACUAAGCAACGAUGACUAA